ACGCACACGCACGCACGCACGCACAAACUCGGCGGGACCUUGCCGCGCGUGCACGUCGCCAGGAUGACCCACUUGCUUGGUCACACCACCGAGCCAUACCGGACCUACGCGCCUGGUGCCUGGCCGCAAUCUUUCCACACACCGGGCCCCGACAAGCGUCCUGCCCCUUCGACCAGCGUGUCCGGCCCAUCUGACACAGCGGCUCCCCUGCCUGCUGCCGUUGAAGCCUUGAUGUCCGAGCAUGUCCUUAGCCGGUCGGCGAGUGUCGUCUAUGUCGUGCCACUGAGGACGGCUCAACCGAGUCCGAGCGUUGAACAGCACUUUGCUCCGGGGCCGACCAGCAUGGACUCGCCUCCUCUGGCCCGGCUGCGUCUUGCCCCGGCGGCCACCUCCCAUCAGGGCAGCUUCACGUCGACUGUUCUGCGGCUUCGUGACUUUCUUGGAGCCGAUGGUGCCCCCGCCGAUGAGGCUUUCCGUGACUGGCUGGCCAGCUCGGCCGCGGCCGGCACCCUGAGCGCCCUCUCGGAGGGGCCAUUCCUCCUGCAGGCCGAGUCGCCUGUGGUGCAUGAUGCUGCCGGGAUCGCGCAGGACACCGCCUCGCCCCAUCUCCGGGAGGCUGUCGCCGGGUAUUUCUCGUUUGCCGUGGUUCGCGGCUUUGUGUAUGUCUUUCUCGAUCGGGCCGCCUACCAUCGUGCCGGGUUGGUUGGUGUCCCCGUGGCCCCGGGAGAUUCCCAUUACGUUUAUUCCGGCUCACUUGCCAACCAGAGUACCAUCCGUGAGCUCGCCGCCGCAUGUCGCCGCACAUUGAAUCACAUCCUGCCGGCAUCGGAACACAAUGUCAUUCGCAUUUCCGCCUCCUCGGCCUCGACCCAAGGCGCGCCAGCAACCAUGGAGCGGUUCCUCACUCCGAUUGAGCCAACCAGCAACGUGGGCAUCUUCACUCACGACGAUCUGUACCGCGUGGCAGAUGGCGCAUUCGCCUACUCACCUGUAACCGCCCCGGCCUGGCCGGCCCUCGACAACGAGACCCCCCUCUCGCCGGCUGACAUCUCGGAUCUGGUUGAAUGGCUGGGUGUUGUGGCGAUCGGUGGAUUGAAACCCCCGCCGGUGACGGACUCCAUGAUGACAUACAUUAGCACCUAUGAGCCGGGCGUAUCGGCCUUCAUGACGAAUUGCUUGGUUGUCUCGCACACGCUACCGCAUGGGCCCCUUGCCACCGGGGCCAUCCGCUCCCUCGUCGGAGAGGUCCAGUCUAAUUUGCUUGCCCUGCAGGAGGCGGCCCUCGACCAGACGGCUGGAGGGGGCAACGUGCCGGCCCCGGCCCCAGCCCCGGCCUCGGCGCCGGAACAACUUGCGAACGUCCAUCCCGCCAAGCGCGGUCGCUUCGGGCAUCUCUUUAAGUCUCGCACUGCCGCGGCCGAACCCCAGGCCGACGCUCCUCCCCUGGCGGCAGCUGUCCCGACGGCGUCCGGGGGCGGGCCACGCGCCUGGGCCGCCAUCUCGGUGCAAGGAUACGCCUCGGUGCCGGGAAUGUGCACCUGGCUGCGCGGAGCCGGGGACCGGAACGUCGAGCGUGGCGGGCCGGCCGGGACCCGGCAUCUGAGGCCGGCCGGGCCACUAUUGGCGAAGGCUCCGGUCUUGGCCUCCCAAUCCAGCGGGUACACCCUGAUGGUGGCCCUCGGCGGUGAGGGGGCGACCGACUUCAAGUACAUUCAGGAGCGGCACUGA